AUGGCGGCGAAAAAGCGAAAAGGUGGUCUGAGACAAAGACAAGCAGAGGCUGAAGAAGAAGUGGAAGCUGCAACGGGACAGAGUCAGCUUUCAAAGCUCCUGCUGUCGAAGUUUGCAUGGGGCGAGUUAUCGCCACAAGCUGUGCAGGAGAUCGCUGCAGCCGCAGCUACGGAUAUGGAAACCAUGGCCGAUGGAAAGUGUAUGCCGGAUCUGCGAGCUCUGGCGGCCAUAGGAUCGAAUGGAGCACAAGCUCAGAAUUGCUUUCGCGACCUCAUGCGAAAGCUCGAGGCCGAUGUUCAUUUGCCAGAUGCUUACACUGCAAAGGUUCCCUUCAAGAAGAUCGGCGAAGCUACUCAGCACUUUUUGCUUCCCCACGAGCUCUUCUCUGCAAUGUAUAACGAGGUUCCGAAUGCUUUUGCACACUCUAUGAUGCCGAACCCCGACGACGUGCCACACUUUUGGGAGGCGGUCAAAGAGCACCCUCAGAUGGUGCGACACCCUCUCAAAGACCGGGAUGACUAUAAGACUCGUUGCAUCCCGCUUGCACUUCAUGGGGACGACGUCCCCAUCCAUGGAAUCGGCAAGGGCUACACAUCCAAAUUGACAGUUUUUAGCUGGUGCAGCUUGUUGGCCAUGGAAAGAAGCACGAAAGAGAAGCUCUUCAUGACAUACUGCACUUUCGAGAAAGUCCGAACAAAGGGCACCAUCGAUGCCUGGAUGAAGCUGCUUGCUUGGUCGCUCUGGUGGCUGUUCUGGGGAGUGUGGUACCCUGCCGGUUCCCCGGAGCAUGCACGAGCAUGCACUCCACUCGCUGGUGGAUUUUAUGGUGUCUUAUGGGGCUUGCUUGGCGACCUUGACUAUUUCCAUCUCAUUUUGCAGUUGCCCCACUUUUCCAAAGCCUCCAACUUCUGCCCUCUUUGCCAGGCAGACCCUCUGGCAAUCGCACACAUGGAGGGCCUGGCAGGGCCGUUCGAGAUCUCCUUUCUUUAG